AGUCGCGCUUGGAAUGCGGUGCGGAGUGUCGGCGACGCGCGCGGCUCUGUUCGUUGUUGGCGCGACUGCGUGCGCUUGAAGAGGCGGACAGGUUGUGUGGGUCGAAUGGCGGUGAAUUUGUGACGGGGGAUAGGAAGGGCUUUUCCGUGACUGCGGCGAUGGUCCGGCGACAGCAACAGCAGCAGAUUCUCCGCGUCCGUUGACUUGAUUCCCAAAGAGGGGGGAGUGGGAAGAUGGACACGGCGCUGUCGCCGGCGUGGUGUCUCCUGCUGGCCGCGUGCUGCAUCCGGGGAUCGAGCCCGCAGGUGUUCGGCGGAGUCCCCAUCAUCGACGAGCACGUGUGGUCGAGCGGCGGCGCGGACCAGCAGCAGGCGGGGGCCGAGCCGGCGCCCAACAUCGACGACUACGCCAGCUACGAUGACUACGGCGACAACUACGAGGACGGGGCGAAUGGGACGGAGACAGAUGCUGCUACCACGCUCUCGCCAGACAAGGCAGGGUCGGCGCUGCGCUGGGUGCGGCCGCUGCAGAACGUGACCAAGGAGGCGGGCGACUCGGUGAAGAUGCGCUGCGAGGUGGCGGGCUCCCCGCCGCCCACCAGGCUGCGCUGGUACAAGAACGAGGCGCCCUUGCAGGAGGAGCGCGGCCGGCUGGCAGUGCGCCGCUACACGCCGCAGGACCAGCCGGGCGUGCUGGGGUCGCGACUGCGCAUGAGCCGCCUCGACACGCACGACACGGGCUUCUACAAGUGCGAGGCCAGCAACGGCCAGCACAGGGCGGAGACCUCCGCCGUGCUCAUGGUCAAGAUGAGCCGCUGGGGUCGUGUCGGCGCGCCGGCGGACAUCCCAGGCUUCGCCCCGGUAUUCCCGAACUUCCCCGGCUUGUUGGACGGCGUUGGUCCAGGGAAGGGGGUCCCGAUCCCGCCCGCCCACGUGGGCACCGGGGGGCUGGGGCCCGUGCUCUCUCCGCCCGUGGGGCCUCACACCUUCCAGCCGAACCUCUCCGGAGUGCCGGGUCUCUCGUCCACAGACCCGGCUUCGUCCACCUCGCUGGCGGGGGAUCCGUUCGAGGGCACGGAAUUGGAAGGCGUCUGCCAGGUGUAUCGUGGAUCCAUUUGCAGCAAAUUCAUUGGCAAUAAGAAUGUCUACAUCCCUCCGCCCCAGACGCAACGCCAGCUGGAAGAGAAACUGACAGCAGCUCUUACGGUCGUCGCACAUUCGGAGGACCUGUCGAAGAGCUGCGAGAGCUUCGCGGUGCCGUCGCUGUGCUACUCCACGCUGCAGCUGUGCCAGGCGGGCGCGGACCGGCCGCGCCGCAUCUGCCGCGAGGACUGCGAGGCGCUGGAGAACGAGAUGUGCCGCAUGGAGUACGCCAUAGCGCGCCGGCACCCGCUCAUCGGCCAGCAAUUGGCGCUGCCCAACUGCAGCGAGCUGCCCGCCGUCGGCUCGCCCGAGAGCCUGGGCUGCAUCCGGCUGGGCAUCCCGCGCCUCGAGCUCGUCCAGCCAGACGACGUGUGCUACUGGGGUCGCGGGGAGCGCUACCGCGGCACGGCGCACAAGACGGUGUCGGGCGAGGAGUGCGACCAGUGGAUCCACAAGGUGUUCAGCUUCAAGUCCUCCGAGUACCCGGAGCUCGGCGGAGGGCACAACUACUGCAGGAACCCGGGAGGGACGGACCCCAAGCCGUGGUGCUUCAACAAGCGUGGCGAGAAGGAGCUGUGCGAGAUCCCUCAGUGUGUGGACAACAUGUGGCUGUACACGACGGCGUGCGCGGCGGCGGCGGGACUGCUGCUGCUCGUGCUCCUCACCUGCUGGUUCUGCGCUCGGCGUCGCAAGAACCGGGACAGUCCCCGCUCCCACCAGCUCAACGGUGCCGGCGCCAAGGUGCCGGGCUUCAAGGUCGCCCGCACGGCGUCUCCCUGCAAGGGAGUGCCGCAGCACCUGGAGAUGAGCGCGCUGCUGCCCGGCUCCGGCCCCCUCAAGGGCGAGCGGGGCGCAGUGCGGGCCCAGGAGUUCCCCCUCGCCUCCGUCCGCUUCCUGCAGGAGCUGGGCGAGGGCGCCUUCGGCAAGGUGUACAAGGGGCAGGUGAACACCACGGAGGGUCCCAUGCUGGUGGCCAUCAAGGCCUUGAAGGAGAACGCCACGCCCAAAACGCAGGCGGACUUCCGGCGCGAGGUGGAGCUCAUGACGGACCUCAGGCACCCGAACAUCGUCUGCCUGAUUGGCGUCGUCAUGAAGGGGGAGCCCCUCUGCAUGCUGUUCGAGUACAUGACGCAGGGAGAUUUGCACGAGUUCCUCAUGACUCACUCGCCUCGCUCUGCGUGCAACGAUGACUCCAGCAUGCAAGUGUUGGAGCAACAAGAAUUCCUACACAUCGCCCUUCAAAUUGCCACAGGUAUGGAAUAUCUGGCUGGCCAUCAUUACGUACAUCGGGACUUGGCUGCUCGAAACUGUUUGGUUGGGGACAACCUCACUGUCAAAAUAUCCGACUUUGGCUUGUCCAGAGACGUCUAUUCUUCUGACUAUUACAGGGUACAAUCAAAGAGUCUACUGCCAGUGCGAUGGAUGCCUCCCGAGUCGAUUCUCUACGGAAAGUUCACCACAGACUCUGACGUGUGGAGUUACGGGGUAGUUUUGUGGGAAAUAUACAGCUAUGGACUGCAGCCGUACUACGGCUACAGCAACCAGGAGGUGAUCGACAUGAUCCGGGGGCGGCAGCUGCUGCCCUGCCCCGAGGACUGCCCCUCGCAGGUGUACACCCUGAUGGUGGAGUGCUGGGCCCAGGUGCCCUCGCGCCGCCCGCCCUUCCCCGAGAUGGUGCCCCGGCUGCGGCAGCUGGGCGCGCCGCCCGACUCGGCCAGCCACAGCACGGGCUCGCACAGCAACCGCACGGCGUCGACCCAGGUGAGCCAGCACUCGGCGGGCCGCCAGCCGGCCCAGCUGGUCGUGAGGCUGCCCCCGCCCUACCACGGCUCCUCCGCCGCCGUCGAGACCACCAUAUCCGGCAUGUGACCGUAGUGGCGGCCCGCCCGGGCCCUGUGCGUGUCCCCGUGGGACCGCGUCGGGCGGUUGCCCAGCGUCUUUGUCGUCGGGCCACCCUCGCGGUGAUGUGCGGUGCGGACAUCCUUCUUUUGUAUCUGACGUCCCGGUCAUUUUUUUUAAAUCGUCCAUGUUGUAAUCUCGCUUGUCGUGUUUUUUUUAAUUUCCGGUGCGUUCUGCAGCUAUCUGGUUUUACUCUGUUUGCAAGUGAUGAUUUCAGAACUGCAAGAAGUUCACUUCACAACUGUUCAACGGUGAUGACGACAUGUUCUGUUAAUGUUUCCGUGGCUAGAUUAUGAUAUUCGUUAUACGUAUGUAGAGAGGAAAAAUUGUGUGUUAGUGAAAUACGUAUAAGCACCGGCAGAAAGUAAUUUGUUUUUUUCAAGACUUUCUGGAGUUUAAUUUUGUACCAUUUUGUGUAAAAAAUAUAUCAAAUAAAGGUAAGCAUUUUCAGCUAUAAAGUAAAAAAAAAAGAGAGAGAGAGAGGAAGUUUGGUAAAUGUGUUAUUAGGUACUUAAAACUGAUUCUAUGCAGGAGAUGUAAAAUUUGAAUAUUAAUGAAAGAUCCCUACUGUUGAUAUUGUUGUUACCUUAUUUAUAUUUAUUUAAUAUUAAACCAUGGGGAACAUGCAUGUGUUAGGUAUUUAAUUAAAAGCACUAUGAUGAUUUACGAUUAUAGGGUUCAUUUAAAUAUGUGUAUGUCACAGAGACCUAAUAUUUGUCUUUACAAAAAAAAUACCUGUUAAAGAUUUUGGAAAUUUCAAACGGGCUUAGAACUCUUUGUGAUAGGCUUGAUUUCGAAUGGCAAAAGUCACUCGCAGAGCAUUGGUUUCGCUUACUGUGUCAAGUCUGUUUAUUAAAGCCAUAGAACUAUGUGCAAAGGUAUGCAUGUUCCAUAGUCAUUUAUGGCAUAGUUUGUUAAACAGUUACUACAUACAAUGGUUAGAAAUGCAGAUGUUGAACUUGGGAUACUAUCAUAGAUAACCUCAACUGGGGCCAAAAGAUUUUUGUAUUUGAAAAUACUUUUAUUGCCUAGCAAUUAUUUUAAUUUAUAGUCUUUAAAUAUUAUGCAAGAAAUAAUUUUGAAAGUCUAACGUGGUUCUUAUUAUUUGGGAAUCAACUUAACCAUUUUCACAGACACUAGCUAAUUUUUUUUUUUUUUUUUUUUUUUUUUUGGGGAAAAUACAUAUACUGUUUGUGUUUGCUCCUAUCUCAAUUGCAGAAUAUUUACUGCAUGGGAUUUAUAUAUAGUCUAUAAACUUGCAUGAUAUUUAAUCAAAGGUGAGCUAACCUUGCAGGUCUGAUCAUUGGCAGGUGUUCCAAGGGCUUAAUAGUCGUCAGGACCAGGCCUGUACCGCCCGAUUUAUCAAAGGCCCUAAGCCUACUGAUGAUCACUUUGAUAUUAUAUUCUUAUUUUCACAGUUUAAGAGUUUUUAUUUUGAAAUAACAGCCAAAUUUUGUCAAAAUUCUUAAAUCAAACUACGUAUUAACUUACAGCAAUAAUGUCCUGACCAUUGUGAAAAUACACUUUUGACUCGUACACCCACUGAUUUCUAAACUUUGCAGCAUUGCUGUCUGGAAAAAAAAAUUACUUUAAAGGCUUUUGCGAGAUAGCUUUAAUAAAUGAUGCUGAGUUUUUUUUUUUUUUGUACUGUGACUUGUGCUUUUUGUCACACUUGUCGUGGCUACCUGACGAUACUGGUAGAGGAAGGCGCCAUCUUUCUUCUGGUGACGUUGCAGUGCCACCGUGUUGAGGUGAGGCGUAAUAGCUGGGAUUUCAAAGAAAAGUUUUUCUUUUUUAAUACUUAUUUGCAAGCUUAAAAAUUUGAAAAUAAUUAUUAUCAGUAACAAACAAGUCUAGUAGAAUUGAACAUAAUAAAAUAAAUUUUGCAUGUUCCCCAUUGGUCAAAUUAUCAGUGUAUUGUCUUAAUGGCUUUUUGUAGGCAUACAAAAUGUGUAUUUUUUUUUUAAAUCAUUGUCUAAGUGUGUUUUAGUUGUGUAAGUAUUUCUUGUGUCUUGAAUUCUCAGUUAUUCCUAGUACUCGCAGUCUUCUUGAAAGCUCUUUGAACUGCAUCCAUGCUGGUAUCCGACUGAGCAUAGCUUGUCAGAUUAAAAAUAAGUAUGGAGAAAUCACCACAGAGUACCUCACUUCAAAGAAUUUCUCACAUUAAAAUUCCAAAUGAAUUUUUUUUUUACAGAUACAUUGAAAUGAGUUUUCACUCUGGCUGAAUUAAAAAAAUUAAAUUAAUUUCAUUAAUAUCCAUGCAGUUGCCAGGAAAAAUAUACAGUUCGUUUUUAUUACUAGUUUGUAUGCUGGACUGGGAGGUUUUUGGUUUUUUAUUCCCAACUGAGAGUGGGAUUUUAGGAUUGGCAAACACUACUGAGAUUGCAGCUCAACUGAGGAAUGUUGUCUUAGGUCAAUGUCAAGUGCGUGGCAGGGGAGGGUUGGGUCACCAGUUUGCUGCGUAGCAACGGCAGGUGUGAUGAGUGCAAUGAACUAGCCCUCUGGCAAGUGAAUUAGAGUAAUGUAGCUACUUAGAAUGCAAUUCAUCGUCUGUAUAACUUUUUUUUCCCGAAAUUGGUCCAGUUUAUCCGGACAUCUGAGUUAAAGAGGUCCAGGUUAGCAAAUUUUCUACUGAACACAGGAAUUGCUUGAUCCAAGGUAUCUGCAUGUUGGGAAAGUUAUGGAAAAGUAAGGAAACUUAAGAGCUUGUCAAGAAAAUCAUGGAAAUGUCCCUAAAUGAACAACAAUGAUGGUUUAAGUUACGAAACUUAAUUUCCAGCUGCCUUUUGCUGACUCGCAUUUUGAUAUUUGACACCUCGCUUCAUUUUAUGGUCAAACUUUAAUUAUAAAUAGUUGGAGACUGUCUAUUUAGUCAUGUUUAAAUUAUCUGUGAAAAGGUUUUAGCUUUCUAACUUAAAAAUUUAGUAUGUUCCUGCAAAUAGAAGACAAUUUUGUAUUAUAUUUACUCAGCUUUAAUAUUGGUUGUAUAACCAAAAAUAACUUUAAACUUGAAUUAAAAUUUUUUUUUAAAUUUUCCUGAAAAAUGUCCUGAAAUUGGUUUACCGUGUAUUUGUAGACUUUCUGUAAUCUCUCGAGAAUAUUGUUUACAUAAUAAGCAUGCAAAUGCUAUUGUUUUUAUUGAUUAGGUAUUAGUAGUACAGUAAUGGCUCAUUAACCUGACACGUUUAUGAGCACAUCCUUUCCAGUUUAGUGAUUUUACCGGAUUAUUGAAUGUAAGUAUAAUUUUAAUGAGAAUACAAAAAAAAUAUAUACACUUGAUUGUUUAAUGUUUAAAAAAGGUUUGCUAUCACAUUGCAUCCAUGAUUAGGAUAUUUUUGGCAACAAAAUAUAUGUUCUCAUAUAGGUUAGUAAUAUAAGAUAGUUUAUACAGAAUAACCAUGCUUUAAAAACUUGUCAUCUAACACCUGUUCUUUGUGUUCCCAAGAAGUACUUAUACAGUAAAAAUUAAUUUUAAACAUUAUCGCCUUGAAAAAUACAUAUUUAAAAAGAAUGGGGUACAGCAUAACACAUAAGUCUGGAUGCCAUACUGGUAAAAUUUUUAAAAACUUAUUAUUACUGUUUAUUUUAUUUUAAAAUAGUCAUUGAAUGGUUUUUAACAUUUUAUUUACCAGCUUUGUAAACAUUCAAGCAAAACCUGGUCCAACAGAGUUGGAAAAAAAUUGUGCUUUUGCUACUGUACCAAAAACAUUUUGUAUGCUUACAUUGCAUUUCGAAGGACAUUAAGUAAAUGGUUCACAAUUUGUCAAAAGAAAUAUCUACGAGAUUCAAACUAAAAAUUUCUUUAGUGCAGAAAAAAAUUGUAACAUAAAAUAUUUUUCUAUGAAAGCACCCUACAAAAAAAAUUUCUUAGAUUUAAUUGAUUUUCAAAUUAUUAAUUUGUCUUAGUACAUCACUUAAAAAAGAAAAA